AUUUUGUGAAAUGCUCAGGAAUCACGGUAGCUAGUGCAUGUCGGAAGGUGAAAAUGAGCGACUCCGAUGAGACGAUCGUAAGCUUGGAGUCCUCUGGAGCGCGGUCGGAUAUUGUAAAAAACGCACGCCGUCGAUUCUCGUUAUCUUCUCCAUCUCCGAACGCCUUCUUAACCCCAGCCUUCACCGCUGCUGCAUCGGCGGGUGGAUUCAGCUCAAACAGUCCCUUAAACAUCGAUUCUUCUUUGCUCCGUUUCAAGCAAUCCCACCUUAGUCGGCUCCGCUUUUCCUCAUCCUCCUCCUCCUCCAACGAUUCACCAGACUCCAGCUCUUCCUCCGCCGCCGCUGUUGCUGCGCGGAUGCAGUUGCAGCAACUCAUCAACCCGAGAUCGCUCUCCUCUUCGUCCCGACGCGGCUCCGUCAAUACUCCCCUGUCUUCUAUUGAGAACCUUCAAUCGCUGCUGUUAUCUGGGCGGUCUUCUCCUGCCUAUCUCAACUACACGACUCCCAUGAAGUUUGAGAUUGGAGAUGAUGUCCUGGUGAUGGAUGCUACAGUCGUGUCCUUGCCAAUGCCAGGCCGGAAUCGCCAACCCUUGGAACGCAUCUCAUCCUCUUCCUCCUCUUCAUCUGUUAAAAACAAUCCCAUCGACGCCAAAUUCCUUAAGACUGACAUCUGCUGCUCCUGGGAAGAAUUUGGAUUUUGCCGCUUUGGUUCCCGUUGCCAGUUUGCACACGGAAAGCAAGAACUGCGCGGUAGCCCUCCCCCUUGGAAGUUGAAGCCCGAGAGCGGCAGAGAAGGCUCAGCCGUUGGAUCCAGCGCGGACGGCGAUAAAUACAUCCGACCCGAAGCACUCGAUCCCGCUCCUGCUCCUCCUCCAGCGGUUUGUAACUCUGGAAGCAAGAAGAUGAAAAUCAUUAAACCUGAAAGAGAGCCGCCGGUACAGAAACCGGUGCCGGCGUUCUCUUGGCCGCCGACGAAAGCCGAGGAGGCCGAGAUACAGAAGGUGCUCUAUGGGCCCGGCCGGAGGGGCAGAAGACUCCCGGUAUUCGUGGAGGUCUGUUCCGAUUCACAGUAAUUCUUUUCUUUUAAUAAUUGAUUCGUUCAUUGGUCUUGCAUUUUACAGCCGCCUUCGAUCUCGGCUCUAGAAUGACACUAACACAUAUUUCUUUUUUCUGCAUCGUAUUGCUGUUUGCGUUACUUCGGAUAGAAGUGUUUGAACAAUAAUAUAGAGUAAUAACGCAAAUUUUGCUCGGAUGCA